AGUGUACUAUGAAGAUUCCAGGUUCUGGGGCAGGGAGGCUGGACAAUGAUAUUGGGGGUAUGUGUUCACAUCUGAUCCCACUGUGCACACGGGCCUACAGCCGGUCAGCUGCUCCUAACUACAGGACAUUCACUGGAGUCCAGUAACUGCACCCGCCCCAGGUCCACAAAAGACCGGUGUAUGCAGGUGACGGUGGCGGCAGAGAGUCUCAUCACCACAGCACGGUCUGUCAGGAGAUUCCUCCGCACCCCGUCUAUAUGACCGCGCCAUUACAGCGCCGCUGUCCUAUCUCUCUGUCUGAUUUCCUAGAAUUCCGCGCAAUUCUGAGCAGCCGCUGCCCACGGUACCGGGCGAUUCCUGCGGCGUGGGACGAGCUCGGGGAGCGCACCCCUCCAGUUUCUCGGAAAAGCCUCGUUUAAAAGAAGCUCAGUGCAGAAUCAACUCCGCCCAGCGGGUGUGUUAGCCAGGUAGGGGGCGGGGCCACUGGGUCAUUGCAUGGAGAGCUGUCAGCAGUCAGUGCACAGAACGGAGGACAACGCCGAGCAAAGGGAGAAAUAACAAAGUAUUACAGCCAGGAAUGAUACAUACUAUGGGCGAUCGUAACGGUGGCAGACGUCUCCGCCAGUGGCUGAUUGAGCAGAUUGACAGCUCCUUAUACCCAGGGCUGGUGUGGGAAAAUGACAGUAAGACUCUCUUCCGUAUUCCAUGGAAACACGCUGGAAAGCAGGAUUAUAACCAGGAAGUGGAUGCCUCCAUAUUUAAAGCCUGGGCAGUAUUCAAAGGGAAGUUCAAAGAAGGUGACAGAGCAGAACCGGCCACUUGGAAGACACGAUUACGCUGUGCCUUAAACAAAAGUCCUGACUUUGAGGAGGUAACAGACAGGUCCCAGCUAGAUAUCUCAGAACCCUACAAGGUUUACAGGAUCGUCCCAGAAGAAGAGCAAAAGUGUAAGCUGGGGGGUGGCUGUCUAAAUGAAGUGGACUGCAGCUCAUCAGAAAUAGAGGCAUCUACAGAUGACUAUUUGGCUAUAAUUAAACGUAGUCCAUCCCCUGCUAAGGAUACAUGUCAAAAACAAGUGCUUCAGGACUGGCUGAUUUACAAUCACAGUGCAGGUCUAAACAGUUUAGAUGCAUAUGCCAUGUACAUGAAUGAGUCUGUCUCACCUGCAUUGCCACAGAUGAUCAUCCAGUUUUAUUAUGGAGGAAAAGCAGUCAGCCAGGUCACAACCACUCGGCCUGAAGGAUGCCGCCUGUCUGUAGGUCAUCUGACUGGAGAAAAGGUUUAUGGGACUGAGGCCCUAGAGAACAUUCGGUUCCCACCAGCUGACUACAUUGCCAGUGAACGCCAGCGACACAUUACCAAGAAGUUGUUUGGACACUUGGAGAGGGGUGUCCUCUUAUAUAGUAAUAGACGUGGGAUUUUCAUCAAGAGGUUGUGCCAGGGAAGAGUCUUCUGGAGCGGGAACUGCAUGCCGUAUAAAGAUCGAGCUGCCAAGCUGGAACGCGAUGAGGUUGUCAAGAUAUUUGAUACCAAUCAAUAUAUAAGAGAAUUUCAGCAGUGUUAUUCCAACCAGCUGAGACCCCCGGACAGCAGAGUCACAUUGUGCUUUGGAGAGGAGUUUCCAGAUGCAACUCCUGUCCACAUGAAACUGAUCAUUGUUCAGAUUGAACAGCUUGGCCUAAAGCAGCUGGUAGACAGCUCCCUCAAAAGUUAUCACACAGCAGGCCUGCAUUUACUGCCAGACCCCCAGAUGGACCCUGUACAGCGCCUCCUUCCAGACCCCUGCACAACCCACCAGAGGGCGUUCUACAGAGAGACACCACAGAUUACAGUCUGACCACCUCAGUCCUCAACUUGUACAUUACAGAUGUGUUUAUUUUUAUAUUGUUUAUAAUGAUGUAAUAUAUGAAAGGGAGCGCAGCAGGAUAGGUGCCUAUUUGAUGGUGGCCUGAUGUCUCCAUUUCUCCCCUACAAUGUGCCUUAUUUGCAAGUGUCUUAUACACAUCUGCAUACUUUUGUAGAAAUGUUUCCAGCAAAUUUUUAAUUAAAGAGCUUUCUUUUACUUUGUCCAUGUUAAAGGAUUAGUGAACCUAGAUAGCAGUGCUGCUUAGGGUGACUAAUGUAAUAUGUAUCUAGUAAAUUGGGGGUUGAAGGGAUGUUAAACCUAUAGUCUAGCCUCUGGCGCUUAGCUGUGGCAGUACAUUUUCUCUAUUAUCCUGACAUCUGAAAAGAGGAUGUCAGUAGAACAUCUAUUGCUUCAUGCUAUCAUCUAUUUCAGGCCUAGAGAGGGACAAUAAACAUAUUUUACUAGCUUGGUAUUAUCAGUCUGGGGAGAGGCUGACUGUAGAGUUUAUCAAUGGUAUGAACGACAGAGAGUAGAAACCUCCCUUCCCCAGUGAUAACUACUUUACAUCAUAUAUCUCAAGUGCUGAAAACCUCCAGACAAACCUCCUCCAUCCUCUGCGCAGUACCAGUAAACAAAAACUAUAAUGCACAAUACAUAUAUUUUUAACAUAGUAGUCAAUGUAUUAUAUACUCCACUAACUGGCAUCUGUCACAUCCCCUGAUUUAUACCUCUUAGUGUGAAUAUAGCCUUACAUCCAUGUGUGAGACUGAUACUAGCAGACUUUUUAGCAUAAUAGGGACACAUUUUGUAUCUGUAUUAUUUCUGCUUGUCCUUCCUUAAGGACUUAAAUCAACAGCUGUCACUUCGGGUCUCCCAAACAUGUGGUCAGACUGGGACUUGCAGUCAUAAUUCAGAUGCAAAAAUAUUACGUUAGUGUGAAACCAGCCUUAUAUUUUAUAAUAGAAUUUUAAUACCGAUAGCCCCUUUUGUAUUCAUUUUGUGUCCACUGACAGGGUUAAGAGCGUUGAUCUAGGGUAUAGCAGAACAUUUAGGUGCAGAGUUGACUGUGACAUGUCUAGAAGUGCAAUUUUGGUAGCUCCGUGCUAAAUUGGACUGCAAGUGGGGCUUAAAUGUCCACGUUUUGUCAAUAAAAACGUUGGCAAAUGGGGUAUCAAAGGGAAAAAAAACACUGAAAGGAAUUCUGUAAAAAAAAUUCUGUCUUGUGCCUAGUUAAGGACCAGAUUGGGGAGCAUGGUGCAUGAAUUGUCUUUGGGGAUCUUUGAAGACCUGUAUCAUGCUCUGCCCCUACAUGAGGAUUUUGGAUGACAUUUAUUAUUGUCUUUAGACAGUUUUUUUGUCUAAAUCCCUGCUUGCGCAAAAUAGGAGCAAGCAGGGAUUAUUUGCGCCUUUUUUUGCGGCUUUUGGUUUACACAUUUCUGCUGAUUUUGAGUAUCAAUCCACUGAUUUUGGCAAUACACAUGAUAUGGAAGGGUUUUAUGAACUGCACCUUUUUGUGAAAAGGCGCAAAAAAAGGCGCAAAGCCACUGAAAAGUCUCUAAAACUACACCAGCUUAGACUUAGCUUAGCUUUUUGGUGUAUUUGAAGAGAGAAAUUUCAGAAAAUGUGACCUGCACAAAAUGUAUCAAAUGCUCUGUGACCAUUUAAUAAAUGUGGUGCUCCUACACAUUACCAGCACACAAAAAAAGGUGUAGAAAAAUGCUUCACUUACACCUACAAUGAUAAAUGCCAGCCUUAGUGUCUCAGUUUUUCCUGGAGUAUACCUUUACUAUGUAAAUGAUUGCUGAAUAUAGUCAAAUUAUUAGGAAGGCUUAAAUUAAUGCACAAAUCAUGUUUAACAAUCUUCACUACUGUGAAUUGAGCCUUAAAACAGUUGCUGCGGUGACAAUUUUUAAAUUAUACUAUAAGGCUCUAUUCAUGUCUCAGUUUUACUGUCCAUUACCACUAUACAUUGAGAUACCAGGAUAAAAAAGGUAUGCCUAUGUAUAGCACUAUGUGCCUAUGGUAGGCCAAUUUAGGUUUAUGGAACAAAUGUAGUCUCCUACCAACUAUGUGUGAUCUAUUUAGAGUCAAUUGCGCUAUUGAAUCCUGUACCAAAAAAGUCCAUGUUUGGGAAAUUGACCAAGUUCACCAUUGACAAUUGUAGACUACAUUGGGCCCAAUAAACUCAGUGGGCUCACAUAGAAUAUGCCACAGUAUACAUGAUUUUUUGCUGGUUUCCCAGCAUUUACCAGCUGCUUAUGUAAGUGCUGUAGUUUUUAUUAAAGGAAAAUCCAUGUAGAAAAUCUGCAGUGUAUAUGCACGUGGCCUAAAUAUGAAUUCUAUUGUUCUAGUCAACAACCUAUACCAAAACUACAACUCCCAAAAAACUUUGCUGAAAGUAGCAGUUUUGCAACAACUAGAGGUCAGCCCAUAUAUUUCAUUAAUUUGAAUAUGAAGUAUGUUACUUACAUAUUCAGGCAUGUUGUGUAGCACGUUGGAACUACUGGAAGUUUCUAUUUCUUAAGUUUCCGUAAUCUAUAUACAUCUGUAUUCUCUUUGACUUUUCAGAGGACUCUUCCAAUUUAUUUUAAUAAAUCAAAUUUUUUAUGUUUUUACAUAAUUAUUCCUUGACAGGAACUAGAGUGUUAAGCUGAAUCUUUCACAUUCCUUUAUGCUGUCCACUGGUGCAUUAUUAUGCGUUAUUGUGCAUACAAUGUUAAGAUUUUAUCAUGUAGGGCUUUGAAUUCUCUUUGUAUAUAGGGGCUCCAGUGUUGAGGUUUGCAGCAUGCCCCCCUUAAAAUAAAUUUACAUUUAUAUGUAAAAAAUAUAUUUAUAUUUUGUAAUGGCUUAAAUAAAGUAAAUUUUG